AAUAAAAAGGACCAGAAGCAUAAAUAGUUAAGGGAAAGGUGUACAAAAAGCGGACCAGCGGGUCUGAACCGAAGCUUCGAUUUUGUUGGUUGGUUGGCCAAACUUGGUCUUUCCUUUUUAGAUUAUUCAUUAUUUUUGUAAAGUCUUUUGCUUUAAACGUGUGAGAGAUCGCUUUGCUCUGAAAUUUCAACCUUAGUUGCUCCUGUUGAUCCCUAAAUUUUCGCCGUGUCUGAGAAGACUCUCAUCUUUUUACCUUCUGAAUCCAAUUUCGUGACGAGAACUUCUCCUCCUCCUCCUCCGCUGAUCAAUUCCUAAUUUGUUAUCCUCUAUAAGCAAGUUAUCUCUACUGUUUACCAUUGGAACGUUACUGAGAAUUCAGAGCUAAAGAAUGCGUGCACCAUCGUUGCUUGCACAAUGCUUGCCCGGUUUGCUGCCUCACGACCGAGGUGGUGUGUCUGCUUUAUCAGAGAAAGAGAAGGAUUUGCAGCUUCCAACACCAGCUGUUGAGAUCAUACCUUCUAAGACAGCAGCUCAUCACAGGUAUUCAGGGGAAAAUCUAGAUGUGCUCGGUUUACAAGUUUUUAAGGGAAAAGUAAGUGUUGCGGAUAUGAUCGGGCUCUCUGGUUCAGAAACUGCUUCUCUAAAAAAUGAAGGCUCUCUGAAAAGUUGGGAAAGCUCUAUUGUUCUUGUUAAUGUCCUUAAAAACGAAAUCCGCGAUGGACAGCUUAGUUUCAGGGGCAAAAGGGUCCUUGAGCUAGGUUGUAAUUACGGAGUUCCUGGGAUAUUUGCCUGCUUGAAAGGUGCUUCCUCAGUCCACUUUCAAGACCUCAGCGCAGAAACAAUAAGAUGCACAACCAUCCCAAACGUUCUUGCAAACCUCGAGCAAGCUCGAGACAGGCAAAGCCGUCAGCCAGAAAGCCCACUCACACCAUCAAGACAAGCCGUCUCUGCAUCUGUUCGCUUUUAUGCAGGAGAAUGGGAAGAGCUCUCGACUGUUCUAUCCAUCAUUAGAACAGAUGUCCUUGAACCAGCUAUCCCUGCAAUGAACUUGAGCUUUUCAGAGGAAGAUUUCAUGGAUGGAUGUAGUAGCCAAGACGGGAGCAUUACAGGACAGCCAGAUCUCUCCUCAAGGCAAUCGAGGAAGCUCUCGGGAAGCAGAGCGUGGGAAAGAGCCAACGAGACUGAUCAAGGAGGAGAAUGUGGAUAUGAUGUUAUACUAAUGACCGAAAUCCCUUACUCGGUUACUUCUCUGAAGAAACUAUAUUCUCUCAUAAAGAAGUGCUUGAGACCGCCAUACGGUGUAAUGUAUUUGGCAGCAAAGAAGCAGUACGUAGGAUUCAGCAGUGGAACGAGACAUUUGAGGAACUUGGUCGAUGAAGAAACGAUCUUAGGAGCUCAUUUGGUUAAGGAAACUACAGACAGAGAUAUCUGGAAGUUCUUUCUCAAGUAGGCACUCAUGAGUCAUGUGACCAAAAACAUUCUGCAGCCAACGUAAGUUGAAAGGAAGAAGUCAAACACAAAAACAUUUUUUUUUUCUUUAAUGUAGCUAUAUAUAUGCAAUGAUGUAACUGAAGAAGAUCCAAUCUUCAUUUCUCUUGGUGGUUCCUUCAUUUGAUGUUUGUAAGGAUUCAAAUUUAUAUGAAAAUUGGGCUAAGCAAAAUUGCCUCUC